AGUCAGCUGUCAAUCACAUGACUAUUAAAUUAAAUUGUUUAUAUAAUUAUUAGAAAUUAAUGAUUGUAUUGAUUGUAUUGAGAUUAUAAUAUCAGUGACACAAACAUUGAUUUAGGAUAUAAUGUAUUCAAGCAAUCAAUUGAUGGUUUGUGUGCACCGAUGCCGACAAUUGGCCGCUUCGGGUCAUUAUUAUCGACCCAUUUUGGCCAACAGUUACUCUCAUAAAUUAAAUAGUAUUAAGACAUUUACAAGACAUGACCACCAAGUGAUUCGCCAAUUCUUUAGACUUCCAUUUAAACCAUUCAAAGGACAGACAAAUAUAUCAAAAGUGAAGAAAUAUAGUGAACGACGAGUACUUGGAUAUUCAAAGGAACAGCUGUAUGAAGUGGUAUCUCUGGUUGACGACUAUCACCUAUUUCUUCCGGCAUGUGUUAAGUCACAUGUGUUUGAACGCCGUAAUGGUUUUCUAUUGGCUGAACUGGAGAUCGGUGUCCCACCGAUUAUUUGGGAGAGAUAUACAUCUCAAGUAACUCUUAGAAAACCCAAUUCUGUGAUCGCAAGAUGUAAUGACGGAAAACUAUUCAAUUAUUUGGAGACUCACUGGACAUUUGGCGACGGAUUGCCUCAUAUUAAACAAAGCUGUUGUCUUGACUUUAGGAUAUCAUUUGAAUUCAAAUCAUUAAUUCACUCACAAUUAUCUCACGCCUUCUUCGAUGAAAUGGUUCACAAGACUGUCAAUGCAUUUCUCAAAAGAGCUGAACAAUUGUAUGGAAAACAAUGUUUUAUACCAAAUGCCAGUUCAUUGACUCAAAAAACAAUGAGUUAA